AACAUAAACAACAUCAGCCAUCUUCUAAAGACUCUACACACGUUUUCUUAUAAACUCAGAUCAUGUCUCUCUUCGCGUCCUUCUUUGGUUGCUUCAUUCCAAAAUCCAGCUCAAGGAUUAGCUCAGACGAUGGUAGUACUAGUAACUCGAAAGUCAUGUCUCUGGAGAAACCAAAAAGAAAAGCUGAUGAUACUUCGAGAGCUCCGAUCAUAGUGACUUAUUUUCCAGUAGGUUCGAAUCUUUCACGUUUGUAAGAGAAGAAGAUAAGAUGAAGCCCGAGACCUUGAUAUAUUUUGCAAGGCUCUGUUUUCUUUUGUUCCCCUUGUUUGUUUGAUAAUAUGUAUAAAUUGUAAUAGAUCUACCAGUUAUAUUUGAUAAAAACAUAUAUAUAUUUGUCGUAUUCAGGCAAAAUAAAA